AUGAGUGAAGAUCUAAUGCGAGAAGAACAAUCCAUUCAGGUUGCAUUUUACAAGUUGGAUGAUAAAGGUAAGCAUGAAUAUUCGGUUCGCUUAAAUGCUUCAAUCGAUGUGGUACGACUUCUCUUGAAUCAAGGUUUGGCACUUCGCGGUCAUGAUGAGAGUGAAUCGUCAUUGAACAAAGGUAAUUUUCUUGAAGUUCUUUCAUGGUACGCGGAUAAAUGUGAUCAAAUUCAACCUUAUGUGUUAGGAAAAGCUCCAAAAAAUAAUAAAAUGACUUCUCAUGAUAUCCAGAAAGAUAUUGUGAGUGCUUGUAAGAUUGAAACAAUUAAGGCUAUAACAGAGGACUUAAAUGGUGACUACUUUUCUCUAUUGGUUGAUGAAUCUAGAGAUGUGUCACACAAAGAGCAAAUGGCUAUUUGUUUACGAUAUGUUGAUAAAAGGGGAUUUGUGAUGGAGGCAUUUAUUGGACUUGUUCAUGUUAAAGAAACUAGUGCGUUAUCUCUAAAGAAAGCAAUUGUGGAUGUACUCGCUCACCAUUAUUUAACUUUAUCUUAUGUACGGGGGCAAUGUUAUGAUGGGUCAAGCAAUAAGCAAGGUGAGCUUGGUGGUCUUAAAACAUUGAUCAAACAAGAAAGUAGAUCGGCUCAUUCCGUUCAUUGUUUUGCUCAUCAACUUCAACUAACUCUUGUUGCGGUUUCUAAAAAGUGUGUUCAAGUGGGAGAACUUAUACUCUUGGUUUCAAAUGUUUGA